AUGUUGUAUCGAUUUUCUUUCCUGGCGCUUGCCGCUCAAGUGGCACUUGCUGCUAUCAAUGUCAAUGUUGGCACAACUUAUCAGACCAUGGACGGCUUCGGAUUCUCUCAAGCAUUCGGUCGAGCGAAUGAUCUUUACAACCUUCCAUCUACCCAACGAACCCACGCACUUGACCUUCUCUUUAGUCCGACUGCUGGAGCAGGCUUCACCAUCCUUCGAAAUCGCAUUGGUUCCGGGGGAUCAGGCGACAGUAUUGAGCCAACCAGUCCCGGUUCACCUAGUGGCACCCCCAAGUAUGUUUGGGAUGGCAGUGACAGCCAUCAAGUAUGGGUCUCACAACAAGCAAAGGCUUAUGGAGUGACAAGAUUCUAUGCAAACGCCUGGAGUGCACCCGGCUUUAUGAAAACCAACGGCAAGGAAACUAACGGAGGUUACCUGUGUGGUAUGACCGGCGAAUCCUGCUCGUCAGGAGAUUGGAUGCAAGCAUAUGCCGCGUUCUUGAUCCAGUAUAUCAAAUAUUACGCUGCUGUUGGUAUUGAUUACAAGUAUUUAGGCUUCUUGAAUGAACCUGACUACACCACGGCCUAUUCCUCCAUGUUGGCUUCGGGUACACAAGCAGCAAGCUUCAUCAAAGUACUUCAUCCAGCUCUUACUGCCGCUGGCCUAAGUGAGGUCGGUAUCAACUGCUGCGAUAUGGUUGGGUGGGAGGACCAGGUUACUGCUACGGCGCAACUUGUUGCAGCUGGUGUCGAAAACAUGAUUGCGAAAAUUACAUCCCAUGGCUAUUCAAGCGACCCAACCUCGCCCAUCAAGACUUCUCGCCCAACUUGGAUGACGGAGAAAGAAACGACAGAUGCCUGGAAUGCAAACUGGUACUCGACUGGAUCCAGCUCUGAUGGCUACACGUGGGCAAAUAAUAUCUAUACGGCCAUCGUCAAAGGAAAUGUCAGUGCUUACUUGUACUGGGAGGGUAUCGAAUCCACAACAAACAAUGCUGGGCUCAUCCAAAUUGCUGGAACAAACGUAAAUCCAUCCGCCAGACUCUGGGCAUACGCACACUUUAGCCGAUCGGUGCGCCCCGGUGCUGUCCGUGUUGCUACUUCUGGGGCUCCAGCUGCGAUCAACACCAGCGCAUUCAAGAACACCGACGGCACUGUUUCCGUGCAAAUGAUCAAUACCAACAGUGCCUCCACUGCCGCUCAAGUAACGACCACUGGCUUUUCAGCAUCGAGCGUCGUCGCGUAUGUGACUUCUCAAAGCCAGAAUUCUAUGGCUAGUCUCAGCGCCACUGUCAGUGGUGGUGCCGUCAAUGCUACAGUCCCCGCCCACGGCAUGGUCACAUUCAUUUUGUCUGGUAAGAAAGCCAGUGGGAGUGAUAAGGUCGAGGCUACCACUUUAGUCAAGGUACCAACGCCAACGACCUCUCCUCUGGUUGAAAGCACAACUGCGACUUCCGCCGAGGCUACUCAAUCCCAGUACGGAAAAUGUGGCGGAACAGGAUGGACUGGCCCAACGAUCUGUGCUGCUCCGUAUAGUUGCAAGAUCACGAGUGACUACUAUUCCCAGUGCCUGUAA